AUGCCUUCGCCUCCGCAGGGUAAUGGGCUCAAGGGCAAUCAUGUCAAUAGUCUGUUGAGUUCGUCGCCACUUAGGAGUGGUCUGUCGGAGCAUCAUGAUGAGAACCGAAUGGAGAGCGAGAAUGAAAAAGAAAUUGACGUCUCGACGGGCUUUGGAUUUCACACCAAUGUACAAGAGACGCCCGCUGGGAAGACGAACCACAACUUCGGAGCACAUGGAUGGGAUGGGCAGCCGUCAUUGAUCACGCCGCCUGAUUCAGGCUCGAAUCAGCACUUCGACUCAAACGCAUUCCCGGACGAACAAUUGAUUUCCGCGACUUCCCCGUCAAUGCUCUCAUUCUCCAAUCCUUCCCCUCUAACCACCUCCACUGUCUCAACUCUUCACCAGCCUUCACAAUGGGAACUGCGCUCUCGAUCCUCGAGUCCAUCAUCCCUUCUAACGAGCCAAACCACCAGGAGUCGAGAACAAAGGAAGUCGAAAUUUCUCGAUCGCAUUCGACGAAGGCGGGAUGAUGAGAGAUCUGUAGAAGUCGAGGAGCAGGUGUUGAGAAUGGAUUUUGUCAAAGAAAGGAGGGGAUGGGAGGCGGAAAUGGCACGGAGGGCCGCAGUGGAGGCUAUGCAACAGGAGGAAAUAGAGAACGAUGACGACAAUGAAGAAGAACAGGAGCUUAGCCCAACUCAAGAAUACGAGUUAGACACUGAGGUGGAUAAGUUAGUGAGGCAGUAUGAGCGAGAGAAUAUGCACGGCGUGAGGGAUGAUGAAUUUAUGUUUGAAGACGCCGAGGAUGAAGAAUAUGAGCGGCUGUUCAGAGAGAUGGAGAUCCUCUCACAGCAGUCACACUCUCAGUCGGAAAAUCAGCCUGCGUCUCAACUGCUGCAACAAGAGCACGAACAAGGGCAGGCUCAACAGGCCCAGCACACGAAGCGGACUUCUUUUUUGGGCCGUCCUCCCUCUCAGCAACCACAACAACAUGGGAAAGCAGGUAAUGAUGAAACUAUGGACUUGUCUUGA